GGGUGGGCAGAUUUUUUGUUGUUGUUGCAAAACUACAUGAAAUAUUACAUAAUCAUAGUAACCUUAAUUCAUUCAUGGAAAUAUACUUUAAUGUUUAACAAUUUACAUUCAAUAUAAUCAUUACAAAUUCAUCUAGGGAUAUGGAUUGUAUUCAAUAUCAUUGAAACAUAAAUCUAUUUACUAUUAUUGUGUUCAGUUAGUAACAACUUAUUUAUACAUACAUCAUCAUUACCGGCAUCAUCAUCACCAUCAGCAACACCAACAACAGCAACAAUUAAUUGAAGAUAGAAGUUGACAGUUUCUGAAAUUCUAGAAAAAAGAAAAUCUUCAAAUAAUAAUGUCAAUUAAAACAAAUCAUCCACAGAUUAUCUUAUAUUGGAUGGAAUUGAUCCUUGGUAUCAUUUGUAUUGCAUUAGCUGGAAGAGGUUAUAAUGAAAUAGGAUUUCAAUAUUUAAUUGGAAUUGGAACAUUUUCAGCUAUUGGAAAUAUUGUCUUUUUAUUAAUGUAUGGUUUUGCUACAACAAGACCAUUAGAUGGUCGAUCAAUAUUAAAAUUAAUUGAAACAAUUUAUCAAUUAAUUGUCACAUUACUUUAUUGUAUAUCAAUUGGUGUAACAUUUAAUCAAAUAGAUUAUUUACAAUAUUUUAUUGGACCAAUUACAAUAUUCACAUCAGCUAAUUUUGGCGCGUAUAUAUUUGGUAGUAUGGUUGCAAUCACUGAAUUACUUUGUAAACAUCCAGAUAUCAACACCACUACUACUACUACUGCUACUGCUACUACUACUAAUAACACUACUAAUACUUCUAUGAAUACAAAUUCAAACCCUAAUCCAUCUCAACCUGUUAAUCAAUUGAAUCAAAGUAAAUAACAAACAACUCAAUUGUGUUGUAUAUUACAUUCUAUAUAUAUGCGAUAACCAUAGUUAUCUUAUUUACCCUUUAAUUACUUUAUACAAUAUUAUUAUUAUGUCCAUAUUACUGAAUGAUUUAUCUAUGUAUUAUGUAAUUGAUGACAAUAAUCAAUGAUAUACAGUAUUCCUUAUACAAUUUGAUUGAUAUGAUUGUAACAUUGAAUUAUGUUUAUGAUAGACUGUUGUUUUGAUCCUUUAUGAUGUUCUUUUAAAAGGUUAGAAUUUUGUUUAUUUCAAAGAAUAAAUGAAUAUACAAUUCAUU